CAAAAAUUCAAUUCAAAAAGUUUGAAAAUUAUUCCAGCGUCUGAGUUGUAGCACUCGCAGUUCCUUCCAGAUUUUCUUUUAUUCGGCGAUGGGAAUGGCUGAUGCUGUAGGAGCCCUGGUCAGGCUACGUCGCAGUUCGAUGCAAAGAAAUGGAAGAGGUUUCGCACUGAGUUUGCCCGAAAGCGACACAUUUUAUUCUUUGAAAGAAUGCUGAACGGGUUACCAGGAUCUUCCGCUUCUCAGGAAACAAAUCUAUUGACACUAGUGUAUUUCUGCGUUGGGGGCUUGGAACUGAUUGAUGCCUCAGACGCCCUGAAGAAGCGACGCAGGGAUCUGAUAGAUUUUGUUUAUUCGCUUCAGUCGCACGGGGAGAUUGGUGGAUUCUUCGGAAAUCUCAAUGAUGCUACUCAGAACCGAUGCCGAGAAAACCAACCAGAAGUCUGCAUUGGAACGAACAUCGCAAUGACUUUCGCUGGUCUUGCCACUUUGUUAACGCUGGGUGAUGAUCUAACAUCCAUUGAUCGCCAUGGAAUUGUGCGGCAGCUGAUGGCUCUACAGACUGCCGAAGGCAGUUUUUGUGGCGCAGUGCCUUUAAAAUCGAAAAUGGACGUGGAAAGUGGCAGGCUGCCGUUGGAUGGGGAACGCACGAAUUCGGAAGCCGAUAUGCGCUUCGUUUUCUGUGCUGCUGUGAUUAGCUUCAUCAUUAGAGAUUGGAGUGGUGUGAAUGUGCAUACAAUGCAAAAAUUUAUUUGGAGCUGUCGUAGCUAUGAAGGAGGGUUUUCCCAGGUAUCUGGGGCCGAAAGCCAUGGCGGCUCGACAUAUUGUGCAGUUGCAGCGCUGUAUUUGAUAUUCCUCUCGAAAAAUCUUGGCCUGAUACAGAACUCUUGCGAGCACUGCGACAGAAUGACCACAGCUUUGUUUGGGCUGGGUGCGGACGGAGACGCCCCGAAUUAUAUCAGGGACGAGUUGAUUGCAUGGUGUUUAUUCCGCCAAGGCCGGGGUUUCAACGGUAGGCCUAACAAGCCUGAGGAUUCAUGUUACACAUUUUGGAUUGGAGCCGUACUUAAAAUGACCAAUGCGUACGAGUUCGUAUCAGAAGAUUUACUCGAAGAAUUUUGCAUGGAAACUCAGGACGGUAUUAUAGGAGGAUUUGCAAAAUGGCCUGGAAGUCGCUCUGAUCCUCUACAUGCGUAUUUGACGAUCAGUGGCUUGUCGCUUUUGCCAAGAUAUGUGUUUGUGGAAAACAGUUUGGAUUUCGAAGAUGGUAAUACGGAUGAGAAAGAAGAUAUCAGUUUAAAUUUUGACGAGUGGAAAUUAAAAGCAGUACAUCCUGCUCUGAACAUUAGCAUGCCAGCCUUUUUACAUCUCUCGACUUUGUUCCGUGCUGCUUGAUAGUGAACUACAUACUAUUGGCCUGGUGUGUUUGUUGUUUUAAAUUCUAAGUGCCGUAUGCCUUUUGAGAUAUUUUUAUCUGUUCCUCAUCGUUGGUACGUACAUUGAUUUUAUUUUUUCAGUUUCUUUUUUCCGAACACUUGUUUAAUUACGACGUACGAUAAGCGGCUGUGAUAGUUGUUCCUCUAGUUUGUUGGUUUUUUAUGACUAGUGCGACUGAGUCGUUUGUUUUUUUAACAGCAGUGACGAGUGAAUAAAGUAGAUUAUC